AUGGCUCCUAAUACUACAAAACCUAAGAACAAAAAACAAAUAACAAAUGAAGUUGUUACACGAGAAUAUACAAUUAAUCUGCAUAAACGUUUACAUGGAGUUGCAUUUAAAAAACGCGCACCACGUGCUGUUAAAGAAAUAAAACGUUUUGCUGAAAAAAUGAUGCGUACACCAGAUGUUAGAAUUGAUUCAAAAUUAAAUAAAGAAAUAUGGUCACAAGGAAUCAAUCACGUUCCAUAUCGUGUACGUAUUCGAUUAGCACGUCAAAGAAAUGAAGAUGAAGAUUCACCACAUAAAUUGUAUACGCUAGUUACUUAUGUUCGUGUACCAACAUUCAAAGGUCUAAUGACAGCAAAUGUUGAUAAUGAAUAA